CAGCAAGAUGGCUUCCAGCUUUAAGAAGCCAAACGUGGCCUCUACUAGCCAGAAAAGAAAGGUGGGUCCUAAGCCUGAACUCACCGAAGAGCAGAAGCAAGAAGUUCGCGAAGCUUUUGACCUCUUCGAUGCCGAUGGAAGUGGGACCAUCGACGUGAAGGAGCUGAAGGUGGCCAUGAGAGCGCUGGGCUUUGAACCCAGGAAGGAAGAGAUGAAGAAGAUGAUCUCCGAGGUAGACAAGGAAGGUACGGGGAAAAUCAGCUUCAAUGACUUCUUGGCCGUGAUGACUCAGAAGAUGGCGGAAAAAGACACCAAAGAAGAGAUUCUGAAGGCUUUCAGGCUUUUUGAUGAUGAUGAAACUGGGAAGAUCUCUUUCAAAAACCUAAAGCGUGUGGCAAAUGAGUUGGGGGAAAACCUCACUGAUGAGGAGCUGCAGGAAAUGAUUGACGAAGCCGAUCGGGAUGGAGAUGGCGAAGUAAACCAGGAAGAAUUUCUUCGCAUCAUGAAAAAGACCAACCUCUAUUAG